CUUGUCGCCGCCUUGUCCUUCCCGGGCACCCGGAACCUUGGGUGCGCGGAACCUCGGUGCCGGAGCGCAGGCGCGGCGGACCCGGAGGACGAUGGAGCGGACGCGCGGGCCGCGGGCCGAGGUCGACGUGCCCGGGGAGGAGGAGGAGGAGGAGGAGGAGGUGGGGGCGAGCAUGGCUGCCGCGGUGGUGGCGGCGGCGGGUGGCGCGGGCCCAGCCGUGCUGCAGGUGGCCGGCCUCUACCGGGGUCUGUGCGCGGUGCGAAGCCGCGCCCUGGGCCUGGGGCUCGUGUCACCGGCUCAGCUGCGCGUGUUCCCGGUGCGCCCCACUUCGGGCCAGCCCCCGGGGGGAGCCGACGGCAGUAGGGUCCAGGCCGAGCUCGAGGCUAACCCCUUCUACGACCGCUACCGCGACAAGAUCCAGCAGUUGCGCAGAUCUGACCCAGCUGCUUUUGAGUCACGACUGGAGAAGCGCAGUGAAUUUCGAAGGCAGCCAGUGGGGCACUCCCGGCAAGGAGAUUUUAUCAGAAGUGUGGAACAGAAGGCAGACGCUUUGGGAAAACAGUCUGUGAGCAGAGGGUUCACUAAGGAUAAGACUCUCAGUUCAAUCUUUAACAUUGAGAUGGUGAAAGACAAAACUGCAGAAGAAAUAAAACAGAUUUGGCAGCAGUAUUUUGCAACAAAAGAUACAGUCUUCGCAGUUAUUCCUAAAGAGAAGUUUGAUUUGAUAUGGAACCGGGCUCAGUCAUGUCCAACAUUUCUGUGUGCACUACCAAGAAGGGAAGGUUAUGAGUUCUAUGUAGGACAGUGGACGGGUACUGAACUCCACUUCACUGCACUUAUAAAUAUUCAGACCCGAGGGGAUGCUGCAACCAGCCAACUGAUUUUAUAUCACUACCCUGAACUUAAGGAUGAAAAAGGCAUAGUGCUGAUGACAGCAGAAAUGGACUCCACAUUUCUGAGUGUUGCUGAAGCACAGUGCAUUGCCAACCAGGUUCAGCUCUUCUAUGCUACUGAUCGCAAAGAGACCUACGGGUUGGUGGAAACCUUUAACUUCAGACCAAAUGAGUUCAAAUAUAUGUCUGUCAUCGCUGAAUUGGAGCAAAGUGGACUUGGAGCAGAACUGAAAUGUGUCCAGAACCAGGAUAAAACUUAAAGCUUAUAGAGUCAGCUCAGCCUUGGAGAAUCUAGAGCCACCCACCCUCAGAACUCUCAGGAAGGAGCUCUGCAUCUACAGUCUCUGAGGAGUGGUCGUGGAGGUGAGCCCUAUCACUUGAUAUUCAGGAAUGAAGGUACCCAAGCAUUCUGAUAAUUGUCUCCCAGCAUACUUGAAGUUUCUUUUUUAAAUGUUUAAGUUCCUAACCAGAGACAGCCAGGGAUCUAGAGGCUGCUUGACUUGACUUUACAGUGUAACAAUGUGUUUGCAUUUUGGCUGUUUUGACUUCACAGCUUGCAGAUAAUUAGUUCCUCAUCUUUAUGAAUUUAUAACAGGAUAAUAAGCUUAAAGACUUGCUGUAGUUAGGUGGAGGCUUUGUAAAUUCUUCCUAUUACCACUUGGCUGGCCAAAGGUAUAACCCAAAUAUCCUAUUUUGAUUCUAGAACAACCAAAUAUUGCCAUUAGGUUUAAGACUUCACCUCUAUGCUCCCUAGAGUUGCCUUUAUAGUGUAGCUAAUUUACAGUAGCCGUAGAUUUCAGUUAAAAGUAACCACACAAGUACAAUGCUUGUAUUUUAUUAAACCACAGUCUAUGGCACCUGCUCCUUUGACUCUGCUUAUUAGGAGGAGGUGUAGUUGAGCUAGGUGAAUAAGAGCAGUGUAAAUAAAUCAACACUUUUGAAAGAAAAGGGUCGAUCCGAUCCAGAUUUGCAUGUUUUGUUUUGUUGAACAACUCAAAGUUGUGCCAGUAUUAUAUUAAAAAGUGGGUGGAAGCAAAUGUCCCCAGAUUGGGUUUGGGGAAAAUGUAGCAAUAAAAUAAAGUCUGGCUUACCAUCUUUGUUACACUACAUAUCGAAAUAUAAGUUGUGUGCUAUCCAUGUAUCACUGGUGUGGGCUAAUUUGAUCAGAACUCUUCUUUGGAUUCAAGUAGUUGCUUGAAACACCAAAAAUAAGAACAGAGCUCUCCAGCACUGCAAAUUCAGGUUCAGCUUGUCACGGCUAUUGUAACUCUGAGUUCAGUGAUAGAACAGGGCGGUGGUAAUUCACCAGCCUUCUGAACCUGACUGAGGUCCCAAGUAUUGUGUCAACCAUGCAUUUCCUUUUCUUGAGCUAUCAUGUUCCACUUUGCUGUUCCUGUCAAAGAUCUGGUUUGUAGGUCACUGAAUAUGUUGAGUGAGAGUUUAACCAAUAUUUGUAGUUGGUUUUCUUUAUCACAGAAGACUUUUUAUUGGUUGGGCCUACCCCCAAGCUAUUUAGUUGGGAUUGGACUUCCCAUUAUUCUCUGAUCUCUGUAUUUUGUUGUACUUGGGAGUCCGUGUGUAGGGAGAGACAGAUAGUAUUUGUUUAAUAACCUGGAAACAUUGCUAGUCUCUCACAGUUUCUCUGAAGGUUGAGCUAGUUCCUACUGCAAACUCUGGGCCUGUCUCUUGCUCUGACAGUUCGUUUUCUGAGAAACCUGAGUGUGGAUAUUUUUGAGUCUUAGGAAUCAUUGAAAUCAGAUGGAGUUGCUUUCACGGGCAUCCAACUAGGUUUGCUUUUCCCUCUGGAUGUACCCAGUUCUUAGCUAUGGUUUGUUUUCAUAACACCUCCACCAGAGGUAAGAAAAUGAUGGGAAAAGAAUUAAGAACCACUUGCUCAUUUUAUUGUUCCUCCCAGGUUUGCCCUAAGUCACCGUGUGCCCAAAAAGGCUGUAUCCUUGGACAGUUGAAUUGAACAUAAUCAAAGUACCAUCUGGCUAUUCUGUAUAUUUUACCAUAGCAAUACCAAGAACUGGCAAAGAAUCAAGUGAAAAUUACAUUUGAUCAGUAAAUGUUUCUCUUGGUGAAUGCUGUUAUAGGAAGUGGGUAGGCUUUAGAGCUAAGUGAGUUAAGAGUUAACUGAAUUGGGAUUCAUUAGCUCUAUAGUGUUGAACAAAUUAUUUAAGUUCUCUAAUUCUGUUUCUUCAUCUGUAAAAAAAAUGGGGAUAAUAUCUACCUCAUAGAAAUAUUGUGAGAAUUAAUAGAUAGAGACUACAUUAGAGGUUAAUAUCAACCCCUAUUUCUCUUCCUUCCUCCUACUCCUUCUCAUUAAAGAGCAACACAAGUUAGCAUUUUAGAUGUGCAGAUCAUUCUUGAUUCCAGUGUAAAAAGCAAACCUUAUGUCACAGGUUCUUAAUCUUUGAGUUGUAAUAGAAUUAUCUAUAAAACUUUAACAUGCACAUUACCAGGUGCCAGACCCUCAACUUGCUGAGUCAGGUUUUGCAGAAGGCACUGGCCGGUCUGCUUUGAUACAUGCUCCAGUUGAUUCUGAUGUAGUAAUGAGCAGCCACACUAAGAACCAUUGUCUUAGCUAUUCCUCACAAAGAAAUGCCCAUCCGCCAGAUCUUCCUUCCCUGUAGACAUUAAUCUUAAGACUGUGUUCCUUCUCUUCACCGCCCACAGUGGUUCCUUUUGCAGAGUCUACAUUGUACUUUUUUAUUUACGUACUUAUACGUACUUAUUUCCUACUAGACUGUGAGCUCCUUGAGGGCCAGGGUUUAUCUUCAUUCUCAGUGCCAAGGACAUGGCCUCGAACAUAGAAGAUACUCAGUUGUUUGAAUAAAUAAAUGACAUAGAUUUUAGCCAAAAUGUUAUCUUGUUGUAUAUGUGCCUAUAUUUAAUACUAUGAGUGUAAGAGAACCUCCUGACAUAGUCCAUGAACUUACUAAGUAUGAGUAUUUGCAAACCAAGAUACCAAAUUAUACACGAAGUCUCAUAUCUCACCUAAUCCACUGGCAUCACUUUGGUGGCAAUUCAGAGUUGCUCACAACCUAAUCUUCAACCACCGUGGUAGGUGUAGACACAGAAAGAUGAAGUAGAAUGACCCCUGUUCUUGAACUCUGUUCCUGCCGCCACCUCUGUCUUGCCUCUGAU